GCGAGCGUUUCCAAGCGACGACUCCGCCCCCUGUCUGUCAUCCCAGCCCACUCGACUUUACUUAUAGCGUGAUCCCCUCGGAGUCUCUAUACCAGCCCACUGCCUAGAAAACUAUAUCCGUCAACCCAUCGCUCCUGCAGCCCAUCCGUAAAACUAUCACAUCACAUUGAUCAUCAGCCAUGGCAACCACGGCACUCGCGGCCCAUCGGUGCAGUUACGAGGACUAUGAGGUUACGGCCGACUGGUUGCGCUCCCAGACAGAGCAGCGUCCUAAAGUGGCCAUCAUCUGUGGCUCUGGGCUGGGCGGACUGGCAGCGCUGCUGGACAACAGGGUCGUCUUCCCCUACAAAGACAUCCCCAACUUCCCCCAAACCACCGUGGUGGGCCAUCAGGGACAACUGGUGUUUGGGACACUGGAGGGCCACCAGUGUGUCUGCAUGCAGGGGCGCUUCCACACCUAUGAAGGCUAUGAUGUAUACCAGGUGACGUACCCCGUGCGUGUGUUCUCCCUGCUGGGCGUUAGGACGCUGGUGGUGACCAACGCGGCCGGGGGCCUCAACAGCAGCUUCAGCGUGGGCGACAUCAUGCUGAUCAAGGACCACAUCAACAUGCCGGGCCUGGUGGGGAACAACCCACUGUGUGGCCCCAACGACGACAGGUUUGGUGUGCGCUUCCCUUGUAUGUCCGACGCUUACGACCGUGACCUGCUGGCCUUGGCCCAGCAGACGGCCGAGGGGCAGGGCAUCGGGGCCUUCGUGCAUCAGGGGGUCUACUGCAUGGUGGGCGGCCCCACCUUCGAGAGCAUCGCCGAGGGGAGGGCUCUGCGGACCCUGGGAGCCGACGCAGUGGGAAUGAGCACAGCGCUGGAGGUGGUGGUGGCCCGCCACUGUGGCCUGCGUGUCCUGGGCUUCUCGCUCAUCACCAACAAGGUGGUGACCGACUACGACAGCACGCUGAAGGCCAACCACGCCGAGGUGCUUGACACCACCCUCAUGCGCACCCAGGACCUCCAAGGACUUGUCCGAGGAAUCCUAGCCCAGAUGCCUGUGGACCCUGAGGACCUGUGACCUUGAGACGCAGCGGUCAAGUCGGCGGGAAAAGGCUAGAAUGCUUAACGUUCACGUUGACCCCGGGUCGAGUGAAUGCACCUUAACCCUUGACCCCAGUUUGGAUUCAGCCGGCAGACUGGUUAGUUUAGGUUUUAGUUUUGGUUCAGGUGUUAUCAAGGAUGUUGGUUUUAGGGUUUGAUAAUCACUUCUACUGAGGAAAAUGCUUUUAAGUGGAGGGUAAAUGUGUAAUAAUGGGGUAUGUACUAAUAAUGUAGCACCGUCGAUAUUGUACUAACAAUUUUCAUAAGCAGUCCGAACAAGUGAAGCAGAAAACAAACGUAGUUACUUUAACUGAUAAUCAAAGAAUAAUCAGGGAAUCUAUUAAUAUAAAAUAAUAUAUAAAUAUAUAUAUAUAUUUAUCAAAGUUAUAUUCAUCUAAGAGUUAUCUUUUCGGAUAAAUGACCUAUGAAGCUGUUUCUGUUUAAUAAUGUCCACUGAUUUAUAAGCUCCGGUGAGUUGCAGCAGCUUCUGUAUUGGAUGUGGAGGCUUCCCAGUCCUCAGGGCAUUUCCAUGGGGAAGGAAGAUGAGGGGACACCCCAAACACUGUCUUGUUGAAAGGAUUAUCAGAAGCUCCAUUUGAUGGAUCAUUCAUUGUGCCUAAAAAUAGCUGCACAGUUGGCACGAUCACACAAUUUAGAAUGCAUAGACUGAAGUCUUAUAUGAAUCUGCUAUGGCAGGGAUUUUGUUAUUUGACGUUUGCAAAACUGUUAUUGGAGCCAGAAUCAUCGUACCUGAUGAGGCGUUUUGAAUCUUUCCAGGUGUGGUGUUGCGCUCACCGGCCAGGUCCUCUCUGUCAGACAUCUAAUGUCAGACAGACAUCUAAUAUACUGAAGAGACCUAGACACCAGGGUGAGGAAGUAACCUCUCAGGCACUUUGCACCAGGCUUAAAGAUGGAUGCUCACACAAACCCUCAACAGAUAUUUGACACUCGGUAACUGAAUAGCACAUAUCACAUACAUUUACAUGUAGGAUAAUGCUUUACCUCCCUCAGGUUUAGACCAAUGGUAUCCUCAUGAAGAAAUAACAGCGGUACCACACAGAUAAUGCUCACUCAGGAAAAGCUAUUUUACUCUUUGUUUUACAUUUACUUAUUUGAUUAUGAGGAAAUUACAGAUUCUGAAUCCUUAAAAAUGUUUUGAUUAAAAGGGAUGUGUAAUAUUAGCAUUGAACAAGAUGCACUACUAGAAGAGAAUCUCUUUUUCUCUAUCUAAUCUAUCUUCAAAAUGUAUUUUACGUAGAAAAUAUAACAAUAAAAAAAGGGAGAAAAAGGAA